AUGGGGAGCGGGGACUUGCUGAGUCUGUCCUUGCUGUGCUGGUGCUGCAGUGUGCGUGUGGUCACAGCCAUCCAGAGAGCUGAUAUUUUUCCUUAUGGGAAUCUGAGUGGAGAUUUAACUUUGGCAGAGGGCGACGAUGAAACCUCCAAGGUCCUGUCCCUGCCCAAGCCCUUCUACUUCUACGACUCCCACUUCAGCCAGCUAUAUGUGGCCACCAAUGGCAUCAUAUCAGCUCAAGACCUGCCGAUGGAGAAGCAGUACGUUGACGAUGGCUUGCCAACUGAUUUCCCUGUGGUCGCCCCGUUCCUGGCUGACAUCGACACCAGCCGAGGCCGAGGACAGAUUUACUACCGGCUCACUGAAACGCCCAGCGUGCUCAACAGAGUGGCACAGGAAGUACAUCGAGGGUUCCCGGACGCGAGGUUCACACCCACGCAUGCUGUGGUGGCAACAUGGGAGAACGUCGGAGCAUAUGAAGAGGAAACUCGAUCUGCUGGACCAACAAACAAGGUCAAUACAUUCCAGGCGGUCAUAGCCUAUGAUGAGAUCGACUCAUAUGCUCUGUUCCUCUACCCUGAAGAUGGCCUGAACUUCUUUGGGACGCGACCCAAGGAGUCUUAUAAUGUUGAGAUAGAGCUGCCUGCUCGCGUGGGAUUCAGCAGAGGGGAAAUCACAUAUCUGAUCUUUUCCCGAACCGAAGGACCUCACUACAGCGUCACCACCAAUGAGCAGAGCGUUAAGAACCUUUACCAGGUUGGCAACACAGGAGUUCCUGGUGUUUGGCUCUUCCACAUUGGGAACCGUUAUUCUUUUGACAACAUUGUUCCUGCAUCUGUUGGUGGCCUGCUUGCUACUCCACCACCUAGAGGACAGCACUUCUCCCUGGACACCACCACCCCAGAGUACACAGAGUUCGAAGAAUAUUCUGACAAUACCUUCGAUGCUGAGAACCAGGAAGAAGAGGACGAUUAUCCUCUGACAGGCGGGGACCCUGAGUUCCAGCCAGCUCCUACUGGUGAUGACAUUCAAGAAUCCCUUGAACCAGGAAGUCACGACCUUCCAUCCUCUCAUACGGUGGAUUCUGAUUCAGUGAAAUACAGCAUUGAGGAUGUACCCUUGACCUCUGAACCGAGAUAUGUUUCAGAGCCGGAAGGGAGGCAGUACAGUCCCCCUAAUCCCCCAGAGACAGUCAUCUCACCAGAGGGAGGCGCUGAGCAGCCGCAGGGACAGCAACCACAGGUUCCUUUGGAGGUGGUGGAUGUUUACCCCCCUCAGAGAAAUGAGCCACCUAUUUCCCCUGGAGGUCACGUGGUCAAUGUGGAGGAAGACGAUGUUGAUUUUGACACGGGAGUUAUUCAGUACAGCACAGACAAUAAGGAGACAUGUGCCAGGUUCCAGCAGCAGUGCUCCCAGAAUGCACUGUGCACUGACUAUCCCACCGGCUUCUGUUGUCACUGCCAGCCUGGUUUCUAUGGAAACGGACGCCAGUGUCUACCUGAGGGAGCUCCGCAGCGUGUGAGUGGCAAGGUGAACGGCGUGGUGACCGUGGGUUUGACUCCGGUGGAGCUGAACAACAUCGACCUGCAUGCCUACAUCGUGGUGGGAGACGGGAGAGCGUACACCGCCAUCAGCGAGGUACCUGAGCCAGUGGGCUGGGCCCUGAUGCCAGUCUCACCAAUAGGAGAGCUGUUCGGUUGGCUCUUUGCUCUGGAGUUACCCAAUAGCCAAGGAGGAUUCAAAAUCACUGGCGCUGAGUUCACUCGUCAUGCGGAGGUCGUUUUCCACCCCGGCAACCAGCAUUUGUCAAUCACCCAGACGGCCCGCGGCCUUGAUGACCACAACCACCUCACCGUGGAUACUGUCGUCAACGGCAACGUGCCCUUCCUCCCUCCUGGAGCCACAGUUACCAUGGAACCCUUCAAGGAGAUCUACCAGUUCUACCCCUCAGUUGCCACCUCUACCUCUGUGCGGGAGUAUUCGGUGGUUUCAGCCGAGCGGGGGUCCGAGUCCCUCUCCUUCCAGCUCAAGCAGAACAUCACCUACCGUGAUUGUCGCCACGACAACCGCGCCGGCCCGGAGACGCUGCAGAUCACCAUGGAGAGGGUGUUUGUCAUGUACGUCAAAGAGGAGAGGAUCCUGAGAUACGCCAUCACCAACAAGAUUGGCCCGGUCGGAGUGGAGUCCGCUGGCCCCGAGCUGGUGAACCCUUGUUACUCUGGUAACCAUGACUGUGACACCACGGCCCAGUGUGUCCCCCUGGACGGACAGGACUACCAGUGCCAGUGUGCUACUGGCUACAGAGGGGACGGACGCAACUGUUACGAUGUAGAUGAGUGCGCUGAGGGGCUGGCUUCAUGUGGGGCCCACGCCCAGUGUGUCAACCUGCCGGGAAGCCAUCGAUGUCAGUGCCAGAGUGGCUAUGAGAUCGGCUAUGAUGGGCGAACAUGUGUCGACGUAGAUGAAUGCAGCUCGUCUCCAUGCCAUGUCAGUGCCAGAUGUAUCAAUGGGCUGGGAUCCUUCCAGUGUCAGUGCCAGCCUGGUUUUUAUGGUGAUGGUUUCUACUGCGUCCCAGAGGGAGGACAGGUAGAUCGCCCAAAGACCCAGUGUGAGCAGCACAGAGACAGUCUGCAGAGUGGAUCUGAGCCCCAGGGCCAGCCCAGCCUUGGGGCCUUCAUACCCCAGUGUGACUCCGAGGGACAGUAUAGGCCUCUGCAGUGUCAUGGCUCUACUGGACAUUGUUGGUGUGUGGACAGUAGGGGGCAGGAGAGAGCAGGAACCAGGACUCCACCUGGAACUCCACCUGUAGACUGUGACAAACCAGAGCGUCCUAAAACCCACUGUGAGCACCACAGAGACAGUGUUCCGACUACCAGUCCUGAGGGAUACCCCAUCCUCGGAGCCUAUGUGCCACAAUGUGAUGCAGAUGGACAGUACAGACCACUGCAGUGUCAUGCGUCUACUAGACAUUGUUGGUGUGUGGAUAGCAGUGGGCAGGAGAGAGCAGGAACCAGGACUCCAGCUGGUGUACCACCCAAAGACUGUGACAAACCAGACGAGCCAGAGCGUCCUAAGACCCACUGUGAGCACCACAGAGACAAUGUCCAGACCACCAGUCCUGAAGGAUAUCCUAUAGUUGGAGCCUUUGUACCUCAGUGUGACGCAGAUGGACAGUACAGACCACUGCAGUGUCAUGGCUCUACUGGACACUGUUGGUGUGUGGACAAUAGUGGACAGGAGAGAGCAGGAACCAGGACUCCGCCUGGAACACCACCAAAAGACUGUGACAAACCAGACGAGCCAGAGCGUCCUAAAACCCACUGUGAGCACCACAGAGAUAGUGUCCCGACUACCAGUCCUGAGGGAUACCCCAUCCUCGGAGCCUAUGUACCACAAUGUGAUGCAGAAGGACAGUACAGACCACUGCAGUGUCAUGCGUCGACUAGACACUGUUGGUGUGUGGAUAGCAGUGGGCAGGAGAGAGCAGGAACCAGGACUCCAGCUGGUGUACCACCCAAAGACUGUGACAAACCAGAUGAACCAGAGCGUCCUAAGACCCACUGUGAGCAGCACAGAGACAGUGUACAAACUACUAGUCCUGAGGGAUAUCCUAUAGUUGGAGUGUAUGUACCUCAGUGUGACGCAGAUGGACAGUACACAUCACAACAGUGUCAUGGAUCCACUGGACAUUGUUGGUGUGUGGACAGUAGGGGGCAGGAGAGAGCAGGGACCAGGACUCCACCUGGUACACCAUCAAAAGACUGUGACAAACCAGAUGAACCACAGCGUCCAAAGACCCUCUGUGAGCACCACAGAGAUAGUGUUCCGACUACCAGUCCUGAGGGAUAUCCUAUACUUGGAGCCUACAUACCACAAUGUGAUGUAGAUGGACAGUACAGGCCAUUGCAGUGUCAUGCGUCUACUAGACAUUGUUGGUGUGUGGACAGUAGUGGGCAGGAGAGAGCAGGAACCAGGACUCCAGCUGGUGUACCACCCAAAGACUGUGACAAACCAGUCUCUGUGGCACCGACCCAGCGCCCUGAGAGUGUGUGUGAGCGAUGGAGGGCCAGUUUGAUGGAGCACUACAAUGGAAACCCAGAGCCACACCACUACCUGCCCCAGUGUGAGCCAGACGGACAGUUCAGCCCAGUCCAGUGUUAUGGAGAGACCAAUUACUGCUGGUGUGUGGACCAGGAUGGGCGGGAGGUUCCUGGCACUCGAUCACAUGAUGUGGUCAAACCUGCAUGUCUUCCCACGGCGGCCCCGCCCACUGUACACCCAGUGCCCCGCCCUGAUGUGACCCCUCCCCCCUCUGACAUCACACUGCUGUACGCCCAGGGACAGAAAAUAGGAGCCCUGCCUCUCAAUGGGACCAGACUAGACCCGUCCCGGGCCAAGACGCUGCUGGCCUUGCAUGGCUCCAUAGUCGUUGGUGUGGCCUAUGACUGCAAAGAGAACCAAGUGUAUUGGACAGAUUUGUCUGCGAGGACAAUCAGCAGGGCUUCAAUGGAGCCCGGGGCUGAGCCUGAGAUACUUAUUAACACAGAUCUGACCAGUCCUGAGGGUUUGGCGGUGGAUGUCAGUCGCAGGCUGAUGUUCUGGGUCGACUCCGCCCCCGACAAGAUCGAGCGCUCCAACCUGGAUGGCAGCGGGAGGAGGACGCUGUUCGACACCGACUUGGUCAACCCCCGCGCCAUCAUAGUGGUCUCCUCCACCGGGACGCUCUACUGGACAGACUGGAACCGCGAGGCUCCGAAGAUCGAGAGCUCGACGGUGGACGGUCAGAACCGCAGGGUGGUGGUGUCUGAUGGGAUCGGCCUGCCCAACGCUCUGACGUAUGACUCUUCCACGGGACAGGUCUGCUGGGCUGACGCAGGCACCAAGCGUUUAGAGUGUGUAUUCCCUGAUAAUACGAGUCGAAGAGUGAUCCACCCCAACCUCAACUACCCGUUCAGCAUGGUCUACUACAGGAACCACUUCUAUUACACUGACUGGAGAAGGGAUGGUGUGAUCGCCGUGAGCAAAGACAGCAGUCAGUUCACGGAUGAAUACCUGCCGGACCAGCGCUCUCACCUGUACGGCAUCGCCAUAGCAACCACCCACUGUCUAUCAGGGAGCCACUAAUGACUGACCGGCGGCCGCAGAGUCCUUUGGUGCUAUUAUUUUUGGGGCGACUCCUGAGGAGAGGGCGAGGCCGACCCUCCCGAGCGCCCUCCUCAGGCCGCCUCAGAAGAAAGGACACUCAGAAGGGAGCGAGGUGGCUUCCCCGUUGCCACGGCUACACCGUCAGAGCAGAUUUACAACCCCCUCCGACGCUCCGACCUCCCCGCCCGUCCCAACACCGACCUCCCCCCCACCCACCUUUACACCGCCUUAAACCUAUAACCCCAAAAUUAAUGUUCUGUAAAUUUGUUUUAUACCUCAUUUUUAGUUUUGUUUUGUUUGUUCGUUUGGUUUUGUGUUUUGUUUCUACUGUAUUUUUGUACGUGAGCUCCGUUUUUUCUUUUUUUUUUUUUUUUUGUACGAUUUUCUACCGAUUAAAGCUGAAAAACGAAGAAAUGGAAUUCUUUUUUUUUUUUUUUUUAAACAAGCUUUCUGUUCUGUUCAAGCCAAAGAACAACGACGUGAGGAGCUUAAAGAGAUGAACGUGACCAAGCCAAAGAGUUCUGCAACCGAUGAUCAAUUUUUCUGUGGCUCUUGAAUUCAGUAUUCUGCCAGUUUAUUUCAUUAUUUAGCAGGCGGAGUGAUUUUUUUUUAUGUAGAACUCAACACAGGUGAUAAAGUUGCCAGCCAGAUUGAGUUUGCCAGGACUUGAAUUACCAUGACCUGAUUAAAUAUGCAAUCAGAAUUGGUUGGAUUACACAAUAAUCUGUUGUGUUUUUGUGCAAAAUCAACAGCACAUCCAGUAGAGAACUGUAACUGUGACAGGUUAGGGAUCAGUGUUGGUAGUCAGAUAUGCUGCAGUCUGAUUGGAUGUCAUCUGUUUCUCAGCCAGAUCACAGCCAUCAUUCCUCUGCACUACUAAUCCACAUUUCACUCAUGAUCAAAUGACACUAAAUUCUUUUUUUUUUUUUUUUUUU